AUGGUAGAGAGCAGCAGUACAAGUGAAACCAAUGGACACUCCAAUGGAGGAACAGACGGCUUCACACCUGCAAAACAAUUGCAAUUAAACCAAGAUCCUGAUCGCCUGCUGUUUGCAUACUGGGUUCCCAACGUCUCUGGCGGCCUGGUUGUGUCAAAGAUAGCUCAAAAGACAAAUUGGGACCUAUCAUCCAACGUGCGAUAUGCCCGGACAGCUGAGGCGUAUGGUUUCGAGUAUGCGCUGACGCAAAUUCGCUUCACUGCCUCCUAUGGAGCCGAAUACCAGCAUGAGAGUAUUUCAUUGUCUCAGGCGCUAUUGCACAACACAGAGCGCCUCAAACUCAUAGCUGCUAUACUUCCCGGGCCGUGGAAUCCGACCGUCGCAGCCAAGCAGAUCGCGAGUAUCGACAACUAUACCAACGGACGCAUCGCUGUAAACAUUGUUUCAGGCUGGAACAAGAGCGAGUUUACAAGUAUAGGGCAGUGGUGGCUUGAGCACAGUGAGCGCUAUAGGCGCUCCAAUGAGUUCAUUCGGGCUCUAAAGGGGAUCUGGACUGCUGAUGGAAAGGGUUUCACCUUCGGCGGUGACUUUUACCGAUUUCGAGAUUACAAGUUAGCACCCAAGCCACUGCAAAAACCACACCCCGAAAUCUUCCAAGGCGGCAACAGCGACGAUGCCCGGAGAAAUGGCGCUGAAGUCAGUGACUGGUAUUUCAUGAAUGGCAAUGACCUGGAUGGCUUCCGCGAACAGAUUGAGGACGUGAAAGACAGGGCACGAAAAGUGGGGCGUGAGGACAAAGUGAGAUUUGCAGUCAACGGCUUCGUCAUCAUUCGUGACACAGAAGAAGAAGCUAUCCGUGUAUUGAAAGAGAUCCAAGGCAAAGCAGACACGGAAGCUGUCGAAGCUUUCCGUGAAGCAGUCAAACAAGCUGGUGCCAGUACCAGCAACACAAAGGGCAUGUGGGCAGACAGCAAGUUUGAAGAUUUGGUCCAGUAUAAUGAUGGUUUCAAGACAAAGUUGAUUGGUACUAAGGAGCAAAUUGCAGACCGGAUUCUACUGCUGAAGAGCUUGGGGGUACAUUUGGUACUGACUGCUCAUCUGCAUUAUGAGGAGGACAUCGAGAGAUUUGGCAAAGAAGUAUUACCAUUGGUAAGAAAGUUGGAAGCAAUAGGGAGAGGAAAAAAUGCCGAAGAUGAGAUUAGGCGCACAGGAUAUGUUUACCGGAAGACGUAG